UCAUGAAACGCCAUUAUGUUGACACUGGGAAGGAGAAGGAUCUGCCCUAUAGCAAGGCUCCAUGCCAACCUGCCGAGGAAUUGGAUGAUGUGAACUGGGUACCUUUUUGGGAGCAGGCAGGAGAUGUGAGGGAAGAAGAAUCUGAACCUGUCCCUGGACCUUCAAUAAACAGGGCCCAAGAUGCUGGCUUAGAGUCCAAGGCUCAUAGCCCACAGUGGAGGAGUAGAACACCCUCAGCUCACCAGUCUUGUUCACAGUAUUACUCUUGCUUCUCUUCAAUAACCAACUCAGAGGAGAACAAGUCUCAGCAAAACGCAUAUGCCUUUUACACCCGGGUGCAAACGGUCCAGGGUGUGGCUGUGGCCUGGGAGACAGAGUCUGGGUUUGAGCCGAUUGGUAUUAGGCCUCGAGUAAGGGAGGCUGAAUUCACUGAGAGGCAGAAGAGGGCCGGGUCUCCCCUUGAAAGUAUUUCUACUAGUGACCUGGUCAGUGAUAUCGAUCCUUGGGAGGGAGAUGCCUUUCAGGAACUAGAAGAGCCAGAGACGCCGGUACUGUCAGAUUGUACCCAGGAGUUAAGGGAAACACCUGAUUGGCUGAUCACAACGAACUAUGGCCUCCGCUGCUUGGCUUGUUGCAGGAUCUUUCCCAAUUUGGAAGGCCUCUUACACCAUGCCCAGCAUGGGAUCAAGGAGGGCUUCAGCUGUCAUAUUUUCUACCGGGAAAUGCUUCAGAGAAGACAGUCUCAGAGUCAACUGCUGGAACAAGCACCAGAGGAUCAGGACCAGGACCAGGGCCAGUCCCGUAGCAGUGAGCCUAGCAGGUGCCGUAUAAUGCUGUUUUGGUCUCAAAGAGACAACCACUUAUCAGCAACAACAGCAAAGGAGAAGCGUCCUAGGAAGUCCUGUGUCAUCUCCAAGGGAAUGGAUCAGCACAGAGAUCGAGAGCAGAGCUAAGAAAAGCAGAAUGAAGAGAGAAAUCAAGAGAAGAUCUAGGAGGAUGGUGAAGAGAACCGAGGAAUGCAAGAUGACCCCAGCAGUGUCUUUAGGCAGGAAACAUCC